AUGAGCGAAAAACUCAAAGAAUUGAGAGAGAGAUCUCAGAAAAGGAAAAAAUUACUCGCACAAGCCUUAGGGGUUCCAAGCGUAAGCGAGCUCCGGCAAGCAUUAGGCGUGACACUAGACACCCCGUCGAAGAAGCAGGCUGUAUCAUCUGCAAGCCAUGAUGGUAGUGAUAAACCUGCAUCAAAAGAGCUAGCUGAUGGACUUGUGUAUACAGAUUCUUCAACAUUCUUAAAGGGUACACAGUCCUCGAACCCACACAACGACUACUGCCAGCACUUCGUAGACACUGGCCAGCGACCCCAGAACUUUAUUCGCGACGUAGGACUGGCUGAUCGGUUUGAGGAGUACCCUAAGCUGAGAGAACUGAUCAAGCUGAAGGAUGAGCUUAUUUCCAGUAAUGCCACUCCGCCAAUGUAUUUGAAAUGUGACCUUAAGACCUUCGACCUAAAACAAAUGGGCAACAAGUUUGACGUUAUCCUGGUUGAACCACCCUUGGGCGCAGGGUGGCGCUGGGAGGACGUACUGGCCCUUGAUCUGCAGCAGAUUGCACAAGCUCGCUCUUUUAUAUUCCUCUGGUGUGGUAGCUCGGAAGGAUUGGACAUGGGCAGAGAGUGCCUUAAAAAAUGGGGUUUCCGUCGAUGCGAGGACAUAUGUUGGAUUAAAACAAACAUAAAAAACCCAGGGCAUUCGAAGAACCUUGAACAUAACGCUGUGUUCCAACGUACAAAGGAACAUUGUCUCAUGGGCAUCAAAGGGACUGUCAGAAGAUCUGUGGAUGGCGACUUCAUCCAUGCCAAUGUGGAUAUCGAUUUGAUCAUAUCGGAGGAUCCUGAGUUUGGAAGCACGGAGAAACCUAUUGAGAUAUUCCACAUUAUGGAACAUUUCUGUUUAGGAAGAAGAAGAGUUCACCUCUUUGGUCGUGACUCCACAAUCCGUCCAGGCUGGGUGACCAUCGGCCACGAACUAACCAACUCAAACUUCAACGCGGAACUGUACGCCGCAAACUUCUCCGAGGGCAGAGAGAGCACCGGAUGCACCGAAAGAAUAGAGGCGUUGAGGCCAAAAAGCCCACCCAAUACUAGUAAAGGACAGAGGCCGAGAGGCCGAGGAGGGUUCAGGGGCAGAGGUAGAGGUCGAGGCGCUAUUUAGCAGUGGUUUUGUGACAUUUUUGUAUUUGUAAUUUUAUGAGAAAUGAUCAUAUCGAAAAAUGAUUCAAAAAUAGAGGUGACACGGCCUACGAGUCCGAAGGGACGAAAAUAGAAGCCUAUUAUGCCAAUAAAGGACUUCAUAGCUUCAGGACUACACACAGUUUUUGUUUUAAGAUGUAAUCGUCGCACAUGAAAUCGAAUACUGUCGUAACUCAAAAGUAACUGAAAAGAAAGUUCAAAAAAUUACUGAAUGACACCAAUAAAUUUAUAUUCUCAUUUAUAAGUGGAUAACUAAUUAUUAGGU